ACUCCAGUGGGCAGCUGGUGCGUUGCGAUGCGCCAAGAAUAUCGUCAUGAAAGCCGUGGAGCAGAAUGGCCGCGCACUUAGGUACCCCUCUUUUUUUGGAUAUGAUAUGGCUUUACUUAUAGAAAUUAGUACUACUUCGCCAACAUUUUCUUUUCUUGUAUACUCUUUUAUCUGUCAUUGAUUAUUAUUCACGGGCGGCAGGUUUGUCUUCAGUCAUUGUUUGCGCACUUUUGGCGGCCGGGGGCCACGUCUCCCCGCAGCAAGAUCCAUAUAUGUUCCAGGGCUUGGGGCCACGGUGCGCCCUCUAGCGUAGGGGGGGGGUGCCGUAGCCCCGGACCCCUUUUGAAGGCGUCUGCCGGGGGUGGAAGGCCUCAAAAGGGCUCCAAGUGACCUCCUCCGCUCCCUUCCAGGUGCUUGGCUGUCCCCUAGAGGCCUCCGACGUAGGUGGAAGGCCUCAAGAGGGGCCCAGGGGGCCGCCUCUGCUUCCUUUCCAGGUGCUUGGCUGUUCCCUAGAGGCUUCCGAGGUAGGUGGAAGGCCUCAAAAGGGGGGCAGGUGGCCUCCUCCGCUCCCUUCCAGCUGCCUGGCUGUCCCCUACAGGCUUCCGACAUUGGUGGGAGGCUUCAAAAGGGGCCCAAGGGACCGCCUGCGCCCCUUUCCAGGUGCCUGCCUGUGUCUUAGGUGCCUCCGAUAUGCUUCGCAGCCGCAGCAGUGCGCCGGCAGUGGAAGGCCUCCGAAGGCGGCAAAAGGCGAGGGGCUGGACCCCGUGAGCCGUGCAGCCUGACUGUACCCUCCGGGCCCUUGGUCAUCGGCUUGCUUGCUCUUGCGACCGUGGCCGCCUUCGGCGGCCUUUUACCCCGGAGGCCUCCCGCCUGGGAGGGUCAGUAGAGGCCAGGAGGUUCCUUAGGAGGAUGCUGAGAGGCCUGAGGGAAGGCCCGCGCCAAGUUUCGACGCCUUCCACCACUAGAAUCCGCGGAAAUGCGCGCGGAAAAGAGCGCGCGCGCGCCACCCCAGACCAGACCGCGGGGGGGUUCUGUCCAGCCCUACAACAUAUAUGGCCUUAUAGGUGUUAAAUAUUCGUAGUGCCCCUGCCGAUCCUUCGCCAAUUUUGCGUGAGCUUGUUGUUUAAAUUAAUAGGCGACGACUUGCUAGAGUUCUUCCUCUUUCAUCCAUGACGGUAAGUGUGCGCUUAGAUAGGUGGCUCCGCGAGCCCGCGCUAGCUGUUCUACAAGGCAGGCCGUGUCCUUGUCUUCUCUUUGAAUUCGUAAGUUCGGGCCACGACCCCGAUUCAGGCCACGCAAAUAAAUGCUGGCGGACUUGUAGACAAGUAGACAAAAAAAAAAAACUUAGGUGGGCAGAUGAUGUACUGAAAUGCGACAGGGAGGUCGUCAUGAAAGCUGUGGAGCAGAAUGGAAAAGCACUCCGGUGGGCAAGUCCUGCGCUACUAUGCGACAAGAAACUCGUCAUGAAAGCCGUGGAGCAGAAUG